AUGGCCACUGCCACAGACGAGCACGUUGUGCAGGAAAAAGUUAAGGAAAUGGUAUUCUGCGUUCCAUUUGCCAGGUACUGGGAGGAGCUGUUGAUGCUGGUCGUUGGCUGUGACUGGGAAACGGACGAAGAAGCCGAACAAAUAUGCGGCGUUGUCUUCCAACCUCGAGCACGUGGACAUAAGAUGGCUAUCUGGAUAUCAAACGCCGAUGAUGGUGAGACGAUUAAACAGAUUGGUCGACGUAUAAAAGAGCGACUGAGUUUAGCAGAGAAAAUGUUCUUCCAAACCGUGAAUGAUCAAAAAGAUCACCCUCGGGGUAAAGACAUCACUUCCGGACGGUACGAGGUCUGA